AUGAACCAUCAAGUUGAUGACCGGAAGGAGUUUCAGGUCGAUUGCUCGGCGACGGGAGAUCCCAAGUCAAGGCACGAUUCAGCCGGAGGAGGAGGAGGAGGCAGUGGUGGUGGUGGUGGAGGUGCGAGGUACAAGCUGAUGUCACCGGCGAAGCUUCCAAUCUCGAGGUCGACGACUGACAUCACGAUUCCUCCUGGGUUGAGUCCGACGUCGUUUUUGGAAUCUCCUGUUUUCAUCUCCAACAUCAAGGCAGAACCUUCCCCUACUACUGGCUCUUUGUUCAAGCCCCGACCAGUGCACAUUAGCUCAAGUUCUUAUACAGGAAGGCCAUUCCAGCAGAACACCUUCACCGAGCAAAAGCCCUGUGAAUUUGAGUUCAGACAUCCUGCAUCCAAUAUGGUUUAUGCAGAGCUUGACAAGCAUAGAAGUGAGCCAACAGUACAAUUCCAAACCCAGUGCCAUGGAUCCUUACACUCACCCUCUUCGAUCAGUGAGGCUGCAGCUUCCUCAAGCGAGCUAAGGCGGGCAACUUCUCCUCCUCUUCAGACGGCACCAGCAAGCUCAGAUAUUCCGGCCGGAUCUGACCAAGAUGAAUCAAUCCAGACAUCGCAAAACGACUCCAGAGGAAGUACGCCAUCGAUCUUGGCUGAUGAUGGUUACAACUGGAGAAAAUAUGGUCAGAAACAUGUCAAAGGGAGUGAAUUUCCCAGGAGCUAUUAUAAAUGUACACAUCCUAACUGUGAAGUGAAGAAGUUGUUUGAAAGGUCUCAUGAUGGGCAGAUCAUAGAUAUUAUAUACAAGGGCACACAUGAGCAUCCUAAACCUCAACCUGGUCGCCGAAACUCUGGUGGUCUUGGUGUGCCUGCACAAGAAGAAAGGCUAGACAAGUAUUCUCCUUUGAAUGAGAAGGGAUCUAGCGUCUACAACUUGUCUCACUCCUCUGAGCAAACUGGUAACCCUGAGGUACCUCCUGUCUCAGCAACUGAUGAUGGUGGGGAAGUAGCAGCGUCAAAUGGGAAUAAAGAUGAUCCAGACGAAGAUGAUCCAUAUACAAAACGAAGGAGGUUGGAUGGGACCAUGGAGAUAACUCCACUUGUGAAACCCAUCCGGGAGCCUCGAGUUGUUGUUCAAACUCUAAGUGAGGUUGACAUACUCGAUGAUGGUUAUAGGUGGCGUAAAUAUGGGCAGAAAGUCGUCAGGGGAAACCCAAACCCGAGGAGCUAUUACAAAUGCACAGCUGCUGGAUGCCCAGUGAGAAAACACGUGGAGAGGGCAUCACAUGAUCCAAAAGCUGUAAUAACAACAUACGAAGGCAAACACAAUCAUGACGUUCCUACUUCAAAGUCUAGUAACAGCAACCAUGACACCCAGCCUCGGUUCAGACCAGAUGAAACUGACACCAUCAGCCUCAAUCUUGGUGUUGGAAUCUCACCUGAUGAACACAAUUCCAACGAGCAUCAACAUCAGCAACAGAAUCAACAACAACUCAUCAACCAAACUCACCCAAAUGGAGUUGGUUUCAGGUUCGUUCAUGCCAGUCCCAUAACAUCCUACUACGCUAGCCUAAACAAUGGUAUGAAUCAGUAUAGCCCGAGAGAAACUCAGAACGCGACUCAAAGUGGUGACAUCUCGACCGUGAACCAUUCGUCUCACCCAUAUUCGCAUAACAUAGGGAGAAUACAGUCAGGUGUAGGGCUCGGCUUCGUCGUGUACGUGUUUCCGAAUCCGGACGUCGAGCUGGUUCCAUCGUCAUCGAUCCGCGAGAUGCAUCAAACAUGA